AUGGUGUACACCUCCGGUGGAGGGCUGCGCUUUUUUGUGCAAGCUGCAAGCGUUUGUGUGAUUGGUUUAAGCGUGAUUCCUACAGCACAGCCACUGGCAAGCAACGUUGACUCUGGAAGCGGAUCAGUCGUAGAGGAAUUGGUGGGGGACUGUGAAAUUUCCGAUGGAGACAAGGCGUUUGGCAUUCAGGGGGUUAUCGAUAUUGCGUGUGCUACUGGCGGGCUUGGCUGCUACAAUGAUCACUGCCGAUACUGCAAAGUCAUUGACACUUUGAAGUCCGCACAUUUAGAGAGUUGCGAGUCGCUUGGAGCCUCGUUUCCUUCAAUGGCGCCACUGAAAGUCUCCACGGAAGCCUGUCACGUUUCUAGUGGUGACGCUGCUGUCGGUGUCGGAGGAAUGACAGACCCUUCUUGUCUCUAUGGAGGCAUCGGAUGUUUCAACGACCACUGCCGAUUCUGUCAAAGUAAACCAACUCCUCAGUCCUCUCAUUUCUUGCUGUGCUCGUGGGUCGAAAAUUCCAGUAGAAGUGCCGAGUCUCUUGAAGGUUCUGCUGGGGAUGCAGGGUUGGACCGAGUCUUGUCCUCCGAGAGUACCGCAGCGACGGGGACUAGUAGCGUGUGCUCCAUGACAGCAUCGGAUGGCGAUGUUGCGGUCGGCAUUAACAUCAUUACUGACGUGACUUGUGCUAGUGGUGGUUCCGGGUGCAUCGACAACAUUUGUCGUUUCUGCAAAACCAAGGACACAACGCAGUCGGCACACUUCACUGCUUGCCCCGCUGUUGCUACGAAGACCUGCACUACACCGGUGUCGUCCGGUGACGCGGCUGUCGGCAUCAACAUCGUCACUGAUGCGUCGUGCGCUCAAGGAGGCUUGGGGUGUAUCGAUAGUGUGUGCCGUUUCUGCCGAACGACUUCUACAGCCCAAUCAUCCACUUUUGUGGACUGUGCCUUGAUCGGAACCCAGACUCCAGUAACCACUACAACACCUGUAGUGACUACACCGGCACCAACCCCAGCACCAACCCCAGUACCUACAACAGCAGCGAAGCAAAGCUGCAGCGAGACCGUAUCGGACGGCGAUGCUGCUGUCGGUAUCAAGAUUGUCACGGACUCUAGCUGCAGUUCCGGGGGCUUAGGCUGUAUUGACCAGAUCUGCCGGUUCUGUCGUGUCACGACUACCGCCCAAUCCGCGUCGUUUGUAGACUGCGCCACAAUUGCCGGCACACCAACCACGGCAGCUCCAGCGACUACACCAGCACCAACAAAGACACCGGCGCUGACCACCGUAGCUCCGACAAAAAUGCCAGCACCAACUAGUGCGCCAUCCACUACUAUCUGUACCAUCAUCGCAGCGGCAGGUGAUGUUGAUGCGGGUAUCAACAUCGUUACGGACACUACAUGCGCCUCUGGUGGCCUGGGUUGCAUUGACAACGUGUGCCGGUUUUGUCGAGUUUCGUCUAGUACUCAGUCUUCAGGGUACGUGGAUUGCGCUGCCAUUACAGGCACCACCACUCAGACUCUUCCGACAUCGGCACCAACACCUGCACCAACACCAUCGACAAAGGUCGCUAGCCCUGCGAUUGUAUUUGAGUGUUCUCGUACCAUAUCGAGCGGAGACAAAGCUGUUGGACUGGACAUUGCCUCUGAUAUUCGCUGCAGUGAAGGCGGCACUGGAUGCUUGGACGAGGUCUGCCGCUUUUGCAAACGCUUCGACACGGUCCAGUCGCAGUCGUACGUUGACUGCUCUACGAUCCCGUCGUCCGACAUCGGCUUCGACAUCAGCUUUGUGCCAAUCCCUGUUGUUGAUUCGGAUGCUCCUACAAGAAUGCUCGCAGCGGACUCGCCUAGUAGUUUAGAUGCAUCCAGCAGACCCGAUGCAUCCGAUUCAUCCUAUGAAGGCUCGGCGGCUAGUGUGUGCACAAUGGCUGUGUCCUCUGGAGACGCCGCAGUUGGUAUCAACAUCGUGACGGACACAAGUUGCUCGAGCGGUGGUACCGGCUGCAUUGACACUAUUUGCCGCUACUGCAAGACCAAGGACACUGAUCAAUCUGCACACUUAAGUAGUUGUCCAUCCACCACAGCGGCUCCACUGACCACAACUAAGACGUGCAUGACUUCGGUUUCGGACGGGGAUGCCUCCGUCGGAAUCAACAUUAUCACGGAUACGAGCUGUGCUAUCGGCGGACUCGGUUGUAUCGAUAGUAUUUGCCGAUAUUGCAAAACGAAGUCGACGGAUCAGUCGACGCAUUUCGGUAGUUGCUCAGACUACUCAUCAACGACCAGUUCUCCUGCCACCAGUGCCCCUGCCAGUACAGCACCACCAGCCACCUUCGCUCCUGCGGUGACAACUUCCCCGACUUCCACGACUACUUAUUCGAUUCCGAUGGAUUGCUAUCAAACCGUGUCUAAUGGUGACAAAAAUCUCGGCUUAGACAUCGUCACGGACAUGCGCUGCGGUGACGGAGGUGUAGGCUGCGUCGACAGUAUCUGCCGUUUUUGCAAGCGUUUCGAGACGCCACAAUCUCAUUCAUACAUGAACUGUUCCGACAUCCCUGCCUCGUAUACUGGCGCAGACAUUACUUUCAAGCCGAUCUUGCAAGAUGACACAAUGGAGUCGUCCGCUGCAGAAAGGAUAGUUGGCCUCCACGAGUCGGAAGAAUUUACGGCGGUCGAGACGGAUGGCAUUUGUGCAAAUGUGUCACUGGCAGACGGUCAAUCGGCUGGAGGAAUUGGCGUCGUGCUCGACACGGUUAACUGUCCUGAGGGUCUAGCAUCGGGAUGUAUCGGAAGUGAAGGAUGCCGAUACUGCAUGAGAUUCCCGACGAACGUGUCGGAGUAUUUGGAGUACUGUGCGAUCGUGAAUAGUACCGGCGUGGCAUAUCCUCUAACAGGUGUAUCUCCGUCCAUGGGAGAUGGAAGCACUCACUCGGCUGAUGCGGGCACUGCUGGGUCACUCUCCGCUGAAACUGGUAACUCUAUUUCAGCUGAAACGAGGUCAUCGGAUGCGGGAGCUCCGACCUUUGUCAAGAGUGGAAUCAUUCAGUGGAUUGCUGUUGCUGCUGGUUGCGCUGGAGUCGUCAUUGUUGUGGCUUUAGCUGGAAUUGGUAUCAAUCGAACGAUUAAAAACCUUGCGGGCCGGAACGCACGAUCGUCAGACAACGAGAAGGUCAGUCCCGAAGAUGAAAAUCGCACCAGCGUGCUGGUUGCCUCGAAUGUAGGUGAGCCCGGCAUUAUUAGCGACGUGUAGCAGAAUUCGGAAAAGCUCUUUAGCACGCACUGACAGCAUUCACCAACUAUCAGAAUCCACUCAUCCAGUGCAGGUUACAUGCCCAGACCUUGCAGUGUACCGGUAGCACUUUCCUUAAGCUUGAUCGUUCAUAAUUUCAAUUCAACCCUUCAUCGACACUAAACACAAGCGAGAAUUACUGUGUUAGUCAACGGUGUCAGUAC